AAAAUACUUUUAAAUCGAGUAGGCCAUGUACGUAGCUGCUUACAAUUUCUAAUAUAUCUUUAGAUUAGUCUGCUUCUGGCAAUCGAGCUGAACUGUCCUAAAAUCUCCAAAAAACUUAAAAAAAAAUCAAAAAUAAAUAAUAAAAAUAUUAUAAAUUUGUAGGACAAUGUCUAGCGUUAUCAAGAAGGUGCUACCUAUGCUGGAUCGCAUUUUGAUAAUGCGGGCUGAGGUGAAGACCACAACAGCUGGAGGCAUUCUGCUGCCGGAGGACUCAAUGCCCAAGGAGAUGCAGGGCGUGGUCGUCGCUGUCGGACCCGGAGCACGCAAUCCCGCCGGAGCUGGCCAUCUGCCCGUUGCCGUCAAGGAGGGUGAUCGCGUCCUUUUGCCCAAAUACGGCGGCACUAAGGUCGACAUGGAUGACAAACGGGAAUAUGUGCUGUUCCGCGAGAGCGACAUUCUGGCCAAGUUGGAGUAAUGCCAACACACACAUUCGCACACACACAUAUACAGAGACUCAUAUACCAAUAUACACGCACUUCAUGUUUAACCGUAGAAAGAUAUAUAUAUCGGGGCUGCCGACACUACAAACAUCCUGAUCCGCACACGAACACCCUCAUAUCUCUACACACACACACACACACACACACACACACACACACACACACACACACACACACACACACACACACACACACUUGCGUUCGAAACUAAAUGAUUGAUGAAAUGUUGUAUUUGGUAGCUAAAACACAACUACAAUUAACAACAACAAUCAUAAUUAUUAACAUUUUAACUGUAUGAGAUGAGAAUAAACAAUUGUUCAUUUCGCGUUUUUUCUUUGAAGAGCAUAAAA